AGACGCGAACGGACACGCUUUACCAUUCACGCUAACAAUAGUGCCAGUAGUGAAAAGAACAAACGUUUGAAACACUAUUUGAAUUUUUAUCGCUUAUUAAAAUCGAAAUAACAACAACAAAAAAAUGCCCAAUCGUCGUAUUUAAAAUACAAAAUACACAGAUUAACUGCACAAGAAGCGUAUGGUGAGCAAAUAUGGAAUUGAUAAUAAGUAUAGUGGUUACUGUUUUGUUAGUUCAGCAUCAUAUCGAUGUACAUGGCUACAGUCUAACGAAUGCAACUGAUUCUGUUUUGGGAUGUUCUCAUAAUAAUACAAGAUUCGCGAAUGGAUCGUUUGUGCCGACGGCCGAGCCUUGUCUGAAUUGCAAAUGUAUAAAUGCAAACUUGAUUUGUGCUUUGCGUGUGUGCCCUGAGCAAGUAUUUCCACCGCCUCGCGGGUGUGUUAUCGUACAGAAGAAGAACUCGUGUUGUCCGUACAUGUCAUGCAGUGCAAAACUCCAUACGGUUUACAAAGAUCAAGAGAAAAAAGUCAUAACACACGAUCGCAAAUGGUAUGAACAGAAUAUACGAAAUCGAAUAUUCAGCCAAAAUGCAUUGCAACGAAAAAUCGAGGACUUCGACGACGAGCAACAAUUGAGCAACGGAAAAAUGUGCGUAUACAAUGGGACGGUUUAUCGAUCUGGUUCUGCCAUGACGACUUCAUCGUUGUGCACAUAUUGUUAUUGUAUCGAAGGAAAACAAAAAUGCAUUCAACCAAAAUGUACGUUGCCUGCCAAAGGCUGUGAACCAAUUUUAAUUGAUUCGUCUUGUUGCCCAAUUCGAUACGAUUGCACCGAGAAAAAAACAAUCAAAGCCAGAUACAAUACGAAGUAUAAUCGUCGACGAAGCGAUAAUAAACAUUAUUUACGAAUGACAUCAAGAAUGCAGAGAAGUCGAGGUUGUUUGAUCAACUCCACUUUUUAUCCGGAGGGUCAUAAGUUGCCGUCCAAUGAAACGAAUCCAUGUGAAAUUUGUUUUUGUAUCGGCGGCAGUAAAAGAUGCGCUCCAAAAAAAUGUGCUCCAAUGAUACGAAACUGUCGACCGAUCAUUCCACCAAAUCAAUGUUGUCCAUCCAGCUACGACUGUAAAACGAUUUCAAAUCACAAAACGGCCCGGGGAUUCACGUCGCGGCAAUAUUCUGACUUCUUUUCAUUGCUUUUCGGUGAUGAAGAUAAGGAGAAUUCAACAUCAUCAUCAUGGGACUAUGAGACUGAAACCGACUCCAUAAAUGCCGAAGUGAAUGCAACAAACAAAAAAGGCCUGCUUGAUGUAUUGAAAGACAGUCUAAACUAUGUUGGGGAAAACAAACAAAAUAUCGAAAAACAAACAAAUGUCGCUGAUCAAACAAUACAACCUGUACCAAAUGUACCCAGUUACAAUAUCAGUGACGAUGAUGAUGGCAACGUCGGCGACGACGAUGAUGAAGAUGAAGAAGAAAUAAGUCUGCUCGACUUUUUUUUGAAAGGCGACAGUGCAUUUACCUCAACCACAAUGAAACCACCAUUUGUGUUUAAUGUAACCGGAAAACCGCUACCGAAUGGAAUGACCAAUUCUCCAAUGCAAAUCCAACCGAUCCUACCCGAUAGCAUGAAAAAUGAAUCACUUAAGUUUUCAAUGUUGCCCAUUUCACUUUAUAAUAUGGUUAAAGAUGACGGUACCGUAAUGUUUGACGGCGAUCGAUCAAGUGAAACGCCAAAAAUUGUUACAUCUAAUCCAUUGGGCAUAUCAGAUUUAAAGACCCAAUUCAUAGAAAUCAAAAGUAGUCUACCAGCAUCGUCAAUCAAAAGUGAAUUUGUUCAAGCCGCUAUCAACAGUGUCUUUAAAACUACAACUCAAUUACCGAAACAAAUAACAACGAUUCAAAGCACAAAUCAAACAUUCAAAAGUGAAGUGACAAAAGUGAUGCCACAUAGUGUGAACGUUUCCAAUCAAACGCAAAAAAUGAACAAAACGGAAAAUAUUAGUGUGAAAAGCGUCGUAACUGAAAAUAUUAGUACACACAAACCGAUCGAAACUACAACGAUGAACAUUAAGACAACAUCUGCGUUCACUGUUAAACCAAAGCCGCCGAAAGUUAUAGUAGACCAAAAAAAUAUUACGAAAGUUCAUAGUUCAACAACAGAAAAGGUUAUCUCAACAACAAAGAUGAGGGUAACAACGAAAGUUUCUACGCCAAAAACUACCACAACCACACAGAAAACAACAACGACCACCAAACCUGUGGAAAGGGCAACCACCGCAUCACCAUUGCUACCGUUAACUACAAAGGCAACGACUAUGCUCCCAAAAAUUACAGCGGUUCAAAUCAAUUCAAAUCCAUCGAUACUUGAAACCGAUAUAAAUUAUGAUUACAGCGAACCAACGUUGCCGCCCAGUCUUCCGAAUUUGAAAAUUAUACCAUUCUUGCCUACCGAUGCGUUGAGUGUAAAAAAUAUCAUACACCGAAAUGAUGGAUACAAACCAAAUUACAAUUACUAUCAAUCGGCUUCAAGUUCAUACAUAAGACCUGAAGCAAAUGUGGACAGUAUCGCAUACUCACCGUUUAAUAUCAAACCGACCGUUGAAAAAUAUCCAAGCUACAAUAUUGCUGACGAUCGCAUUGACUAUGAUAGCUAUAAAAUGCCGGCGGAGAAUGGAGAUGGAUUGGAUUAUAUAAAUGUAUAUGCAAAUGCCGGUACAAAUUUGGCUCAACCAUCGUCAUUCUCGCUUAGUGUCAACUCAAAAUUGGACUAUGGAACGACCGACCAAAAAGUGGUUCCAUCGAAAAUUACACCGACAACGAAUAAAAAUUUGACGGUUAAACCACCGUUGCCACCAUUUGAACCAGAGCAUGAAUAUAAUUCAUAUAAUCCACCUCAGCGACCUCAACUCGAACUAGCCAAUAAUUAUAACGAGUACAAUGUUAACAGUCCCAUUUCGAAUGAUCAGUUCCCAUCCGAACACAAUUAUAAUGUACCGCAUUUUGUAACAAUGCCACCAUUGAAGGAACCAUCACGGAAACCGGUUGGAAAUAAGGACACCGUAUUCAGCUAUGGCAGCAAAAAUAAAUUCAUACCACCUGCACAAACUGAAGGUGGAUUUGUACCAAAACGAACGUCAGGCGAAAAUUAUAUUCCAUUGCAUGCAUCCAGUUAUCACAUUGACAGCAGCAAACCAAUCGACACCGAAACAAUUCAAAAUUCAACCGAUAUAGUAAGUGAAGAGAUACCGAAUCGUAUUCAAGAAAAAACGAAUCCAGAUGAAUCAAAUCAAACAGCCAACAAUUACGAUAAACACAUUAUAUCGAUAACAACAGAUAGUAAUUUUAAAUCAACCGAAGAGUACAAUGAUGCAUUUUUAGGUGUCGAUAUUCUUGGACCAUAUAAAAAACAAUCAGAAGAAUAUGAGAUCGCAAAUGAAAAUGAGCAAAAUAGCUCGAAUGUUGGUUCCAAAGAGAAUAACAUUUCUUUUAAUAGACUUUACGGAAUGCUAUUUGCAGACAAUGAACAAAAAGUGUCAGCACCGUCAAACACAUCGAAAACGGUAAUAAGUUCAACCACCACUACCACACAAAUUUCUGUUUCUACACAAAAACCGCCACAGAAGAACAUAACAAAUAAUUCCAUUCCAUUGAAGCUAAUUACAAUUUUGAAUAACACGAAAAAGGAUAGCCCGACCAAGGUUGAAAUACCACAACGAAAAAAUAAUAAAAUCAUCGAUCCGACCGAUGAACCUUUGGUAGAAGAUAUGAAUAUUUUAGUAACAACCGAAAUGCCCGCAUCAACCAAAGACGAUUUGGAGAAAAACGAAAACUUAACGAUCCUUCGUGAUGUGUUCCUCUCAAGCUUGAAUCAAGCACCAAUUGUAAAUGUUGGCGAUAUUUCUGAAGAUUUACUCCAUAAAUCACCUCUGUUCUUAUCUCGUCCAAUAAACAAAUUUGGAAUUAAUGCGGGUUUUUCGAGCUUAAAUUCAUUGGAAUCCAAACAUAAUUUCCAAGCAAAUCCAAUUCGAUCUGAACUUGAUUUAAUCAUUCCCGAAUUGAAUAAGAAUAAGCAAACAAACGAUUUUAGCCACACAAAUCAAUUCAGUUCGGAAAAUUAUCAAGUACUGCCGGCCGACGAUACAAAUAUUGCAAACACUGAAUCGUAUGUAGUGAAUCCGGUUGAUGUUGACAAAUUGAAACAACACCAAUCGAAUAGUGAAACAAAAAUCUUUACACCGCCGCACAAAGAUCCAGCCGGUCUACUGAAAUUGGCCGGUUGUAAUAUAUACGGAAGAAUGUACCGUGUUGGUAGAAUUAUUGCCGAAUUGUCGAGCUCAUGCCUGGAGUGUAGAUGUACAGAAGUUGGUGUGGAGUGUGCACCAUUGAACUGUUAGAAAGAAUCGUUUAAUUCCACGAAACAAAAGUGAUAGUGAAAUAUUUUACUUGAAAUAUGGUCAAUUUAUCCCGAAAAUAAUAAACGAAAACUUUGUGCCGAACAGAUUAUAUUAAUUUUAGUUUGGUUAUAUACUAUUCGAAAUUGAUUUUAUAUCGAUUCACAUUCAACAUUGAAUCGUCGACAAAUUUUAAUAUUAAGCAAAGUCAAAGAUUUUAUUU